AUGGAGCCGCGAACGGCGGAAAGUCCGAUGGACUUCGAGUGGCAGUCCAAACCCCCCGGAGAUGUGACGUCGCCCUUUUACCAGGUCGGCAUGAAGCAUGACAACCAGAGGAAACGCCCUCACAGUAUUUUCGAUUCCCCUGGAAAGAAGUCCCUACCUGCCCUCCGAGAGCCGAAUUCGCAACCCUACCUCUUUUCUCAACCUAGAACCCAGCAGCCACCGGGCACCCCUAAGCCCGCCUUCAGCCACGCAGCUUUCAUGACCCCUCGCAAAUUCGAUGUCGACUUCUCAUCCGGCGCCGAAAACAUGUCCUCCCCCGAGCAUGCCGACAACGAAGACACCCCCGAUCAACCUACGAAGUCAGGACACCGCAACUCGUUGUACAGCAUGUACGGUCGGUUUGCACCUAGCCCCGGCCGCGGAGAAAUCCCUCGCGUGAGCCACUACUCGAACGCACUGGCGCGACGUGUUCAGAAGAGACGUCGCAGGGAUAAGGCGCUAGAUGUACAGCUGAGGAAGGAGGAUAGUGAUGAUGAGAGUGACAAUCCGGACGCAGGACCCCUGAAGAGUACAAAGACACGGCAGGAUCAAACACAGCCUGAAGGCCAAUCUGGAUCGCGUUUGGCCUCGUUUUCGGAUUUCUUCGCCCUGCUGGAAGCGCACCCGAAUAUCCCGAGCAUUCUCUCGUGGUGGGCGCAGUUGGUGGUGAACCUUUCGUUGUUCUCGCUUGCCGUCUACGUGGUUUUUGGCUUCGUUUCUGCUAUCCGCGCUGAAUUUGAUCAGGCGGCGGAGGAGGUGUCGGAUACUAUUCUGGCGGAGAUGGCGGCAUGUGCGAAGAGCUAUGUUGACAAUCGAUGCGCCGGCGGCGAUCGUCUUCCAGCGCUGGAGACCGUGUGUGAGAACUGGGAACGAUGCAUGAAUCGGGACCCGGCCAAGGUUGGCCGUGCCAAAGUAUCGGCGCAUACGAUGGCAGUGAUCAUCAACAGCUUCAUUGAUCCGAUCAGUUGGAAAGCGAUUUUGUUCUUUCUAGCUACUAUUUCGACCGUCACCGUCGUCAGCAACUGGUCCUUCCGAUCCUUCCGCAACCGCUACAACCAACAUGAUUACUCUCAUCCCGCCCCAGCUUUCACAAGACAGGCCUCCGGUCAGCAUCAUCCGCCGAUCGCUCAAUCGCAGUACUCCUACCAGCAUGACCCAGGUUACGGGUACAUGGGCCCUCAGGGUCAGGGGUCAGUCUCCGGAUUUGAAAAACAAGAUGCACCCCUGCUUCUGGAACAACCGCAAGGAAAGGGAUUUGCGACCGAACGGGGCCGUAGCCGGGAUUCCCGCCUACGCACCCCAAGUCCAGUCAAGCGAUUGCUGUGA